UGUUAGGAGUGGAAGCUGCAAUUCUGCAUUUGCCUUGCCUUUGACCUCCAUUAAUGGCUGCUUUGAGGAGCUUGCUCAAGAAACCAUCUUUACCAUGCGAUGACCUCCUGCUUAGGAGGCUCCUCUCCUCUGAACCCAUCGUUGAUUCUACUUUUGCUCAGAGGCUCAGAAAUCUGCCUAAGGAUCUCCCUGCUACCAAUAUCAAGAGAGAAGUUUCCCAGCUUGUUGGGAGAACUCCCCUUGUAUACCUUAACAAAGUGACUGAAGGCUGUGGAGCAUAUAUUGCUGUGAAGCAGGAGAUGUUUCAACCAACUGCUAGUGUGAAGGACAGACCAGCACUAGCCAUGAUUGAAGAUGCUGAAAAGAAAAACUUAAUUGUUCCUGGGAAGACAACUCUGAUAGAACCUACAUCUGGAAACAUGGGGAUAAGUAUGGCUUUCAUAGCAGCUAUAAAAGGAUACAGGAUGGUUCUCACCAUGCCUUCGUACACAAGCUUGGAGAGAAGGGUGACCAUGAGGGCCUUUGGAGCUGAGUUGAUUGUCACUGAUCCCACCAAGGGGAUGGGGGGAACAGUGAAGAAAGCUUAUGAUCUUUUAGAAUCGACACCAAAUGCUUUCAUGCUGCAACAAUUUUCAAACCCUGCCAAUAUCCAGGUGCAUUUUGAAACUACAGGCCCUGAGAUUUGGGAGGAUACUCUUGGACAAGUUGACAUCUUUGUAAUGGGAAUAGGCAGUGGUGGCACAGUCAGUGGUGUUGGACGGUACCUUAAAUCCAAAAAUCCUAAUGUAAAGAUAUAUGGAGUGGAACCAGCUGAAAGUAACGUACUUAAUGGUGGCAAACCUGGUCCUCAUCUCAUUACCGGCAAUGGUGUUGGGUUCAAGCCAGACAUAUUGGACAUGGACAUAAUGGAAAAAGUUCUUGAGGUUAGAAGUGAAGAUGCAGUGAAAAUGGCCAGACAAUUGGCAUUGAAGGAGGGGCUCAUGGUGGGGAUAUCAUCUGGAGCCAAUACUGUUGCAGCACUCGAACUGGCUAAAAAGCCUGAGAACAAAGGCAAACUGAUUGUGACGGUUCACGCAAGUUUUGGAGAGCGAUAUCUGUCAUCUGUCCUGUUUGAAGAGAUAAGGAGAGAAGCUGAAAACAUGCAACCAGUUCCUGUUGACUGAUGCCGAAUGCCCUGAUCAUUGUUAUUUUGUUAUCAUACAGCUGCUAUUGUUAAACUUUCUUUUUUCCCAAUCUAUCAUCUGAUGUAAGGCUUUGGCAACUGCAUCUUCAACAUUACAAUUAAAAAAUAAAACAACCAGCUCAAUAUAUUUUUUUUAUUUUGUUAAGAUGUGACCACAAUAAUUCUGUUUCUAACAU